GUUUGAGUCGUGGUGGUGGAAGGAAAGCCAGGGUGGGGACCCUGGAAUGUUCUGGAGAGUGGAGGUGCUGGUGGAUGAAAUCAUGGGCAGACAGUGAGCUGGUCACUUUUGGAUUAAGAGAGUGUGACUGGUUGGUUGCAGCUGUGGUCAGUGCUGGAUUCCAAGCCCUGUGCAUUUAUUUCUAAUAAUGCACUUGAUCCAGAUCAACAACCUGGAUCAUGUGCAAUAUCUCCAAGUUUGCUAAUGGUACCAAGCCAGCUGGCAGGAAGGAAGAUGCAGAGAGGCUUUAGCAUGAUGUAGACAGGUCCAGUGAGUGGGAAAUUGCUGAGGGGAUGUGAUGUUGAACAGUGGGGUCGUCCAUUUCAGUAGGAAAAAAAAAUGGAAAAAUGGGGUAUUGUUUAACCAGUGAGAGAUUGAAAAUGGGUGUACUUGUACAUGAAUCACCAAGAAUUUGAAAUGGUUCAGGAAGGAUAUGUUUGUGAUAAAAGGAUUGCAGCAAAGAUUCACCAUGUUGAUUAACAGCCCUAAACAUGGCGAAAGCUGACCUGGUUGAGAAAGCAAAGUUUGCUGAGCAGGCAGAGCGCUAUGAUGACAUGGCAGCCGCGAUGAAGGCCGUCGCGGAGAAAGGUGACGAGCUCUCAAAUGAGGAACGGAACCUGCUCUCUGUUGCUUACAAGAACGUGGUUGGGACCCGUCGUUCAUCCUGGCGAGUCAUCUCCAGCAUUGAGCAGAAGGACGAUAACGAAAAGAAGUUGCAGAUGGUAAAAGCUUAUCGUGAGAAGAUUGAGAAGGAGCUGCAGGAGAUCUGCCAUGAUGUUCUGGGACUCCUGGACGAGUAUCUUAUUGCCAAUGCAACUUCUUCUGAGAGUAAGGUCUUCUAUCUGAAGAUGAAGGGAGAUUACUACCGAUAUCUCUCUGAAGUUGCAAACGAGGACAAGAAGAAGACUACUGUGGAGAGCUCGCAAAAGGCCUACGAGGAGGCAUUUGAGAUCAGCAAAGCUGACAUGCAACCAACACACCCCAUCCGCCUUGGUCUGGCCCUCAACUUCUCUGUGUUCUACUAUGAGAUCCUGAACUCUCCUGAGAGCGCAUGCCAGCUGGCAAAAUCGGCAUUUGAUGAUGCAAUUACAGAACUGGACUCUUUGACUGAUGAUUCGUACAAAGACAGUACCUUGAUUAUGCAGUUACUACGGGACAACUUAACUUUGUGGACCUCGGACAACCAGGGAGAAGAAGUGGAGCAGGCUGAGGGGGAGAACUAAACCUGUGUCACUUCUGGCCCCAUUUAUUCACCUUCACCUCCUGUCUGCCAAACUGCCCCACCAAUCUCCUGUUAGUUCUCACUGACUUUUUUUUAGGCAACGCACCCCAUCCCCUUGACUCCAGGAUCACCUGCACAGAGCACCAGAAAGCACCCUGUAUUUUAGUGCACCAACAAACACUGAGAGGGGAAGAGUCCGUCGCCAGCAGUAGCUCCAAACUGUUCUGUUUACUGCAGCUCUUGGUUUGGGUGGGUGAGUGUUACCUGGCGUGUAGGGUGAAAUUUCUUCUAGAUUCAAGUAUUAGCCUGUGAUCAUUUUGGAAGUGUGGGCAGAGUGAGGAGAAGAGGCAGGUUUAGGAAUCACAUCCUUGGAGCACUGUGUGGGGAGAGACUCAUUGCUUGUUAAAUUAAUCAACCCCGGUAGGUAAAGAGCUUUUCAUUGUCCUGUUUUGUGACUUGUCCCUCUUAAACUGGCCAUUCCUCAAUCCUUUCCUGUGAGUAGGAUCCCAUUGCCGAGACUGUCCUCUUCACCCUUCCUGCUUUGUCAGCAUGCCAUGGAGGGGUGGUAUUGCUGGGUACCAUUGUUGCUUUGGUGAUUGCUCCUGCUCUUGGAAUGGGGUGCUAGAGGGGGGUCUUGUCAGAUAAUUGUGGGACUAGAUGGUUGAGUAAUUGCUGGUGAGAUUUUGUUUCCAGCCCGCCCAUUGGGACUACAUUUUGCAAGAUCUGAAUGCUGAUCACCCCAGUGUUUGUUUCAUAGUUUCAUCUAGAGGUUCACUGUCCCCACCCCCUUCCUGCACUUCUGUACAAACCAUUGUGGGACACUGACCACAUUCCAAGUCUGAGGGGUUCAUUGUUUCUGUAUCGGGUGUGCCUGGUGCUCUGUUACCUCUGCUCUCUGUUCCCUCUGCUCUGGGUGCUUGGGUACCUGUGCUCUAUUCCCUCUGCUCUGGGGUUCCUUGAGCUUGCCCUCCCCACCACCUCCAUUUCCAGCCAUGCUAUUGGAAUGGGGACUCACUGUAGUAACUUGUGCUGUUGUUCCUCACCGUCUUCCAUUCACAUCCAUCCAACUUUACCUGACAUUUAUGAUGUCUACUCACCUGUGGUAAUAACUGGUAACUUCAGUAACCAGCUGCAGUCUAUUUCUAAUCACUGUGCAGAUGUGCUCUUGGUAUUUUAAUAUUAAAAUAUGUCUUCAGCUGAUGACUUGCAUCAGCUGAGACCUUUCCCUAUAAAUUCCAGCUUGAGAGACUUGGGACCUUUCUUUUCGGAGGUGGUGGGAAGGAGGGUGCAGAGGAUCUGUGUGAUGGCAUUUUGUGUAUUGUGUCCUUUACCUCCUGAGUAAUGUUUAUAAAAGUUUUCUAAGUUAGACCCCAGAGCAGACUUUUGAUUUCUUCCUCCUCCAUCCUACACUGUCCACUUGGCACCAAAUGCAGACUGCAGGCUUUCCAUCAGUAUCCAGUAGAAGGGCUUUGCUCUCAGCUGCACACGGGGGUGGCAGCUGAGUGGUUUCAUGGUUCUGUUAGAAUGCUUUCUUACCUGCAUCGUUGGAGAAAAGGCUGAAAUGGAGAGGGGAGGGAACAGUUCUGGGUGAGAAUGUACAAAAAUAGUCAGUGUUGCAGAAUACAUUUCUGAUUUUUGUUUUGAUCACAUUCCACAUAUGCACCCCUCAUCUGUUUGUCAUUUUAGUCUGUUUGUCCACUGGAAAAUGCACCGUGCACUGUAUUAAAUAAAACCUAUUGAAAUUACUUUUGGGUGAUCUCUGGUAGUGAACAUGGAAUGGCCUCUUGUCUCGCAUCUGUUUAUCUUGUAGCUGCCUUCUGCUUUGUUUUUACUGACCAGUAUUCUGCCUCCAUUCACUUCUGUGACUGUAGCACGUGGUUGUGGAACAGUAGUACAGACAUAUUAAAAAUUGUUUUUGAUGUACGAUUAGCUUUGUGUAAGUUUUUUUUAAUGGACUGCAAGCAAAAAAAAUCCGGAACAUGUGCAAGACAGUUCAAAGUGAAAAUAAAAGUUUUAUUGAGUAA